UUUUUUCAGAGAGUUUGCAACCUUUCUCCAGUCACCACCUGUUUUUAACCUAUUGCCCGCACCUACUACCACCUAUUUCGAAGCUCUCCCACCUUUUUUUCUAUCGCUAUUUUGCUUUUCGUUUUUUCCGUGCUACAAGUAUACAUCAAACAUAAAAUAAUGAUGCGACAGCAUCGCCCGGUUUCGCGAGGCUUGAUGACUGAAUUUAUUUCAUGAUGAGCCGCUAGUAUGUAAUGACAAUGCGCUAAUCCACAUUCUCGCAGUCCGAGAUGUUGACAAAAGAAGAUGGACAGGGUGAUGCAAUUUCCUGUGGAAAAACUGAGUCAUGGACUGUCAGCACCUUCCGUCGUCAGCUCAGAUGUAGUAGUUGAGGGAGCUGAUGAGCUCGCUUCCUUAGCGGUACUUAUUCAAAGUGGUAUCGCUUUGUGGAUCGUCUCUGUGUGGACAUGGCGGUAUGGAUUACAAACUGGGUAUCGCGGAGGCAACGCAAAGAAUCGGGAAAUGGAGUUCGAAAACUACGGCUUGCCCCGUUGGAUGCUCGCCUUGGUCGGUGGACUGGAACUUUGCUCAGCGUUGUGCCUCACGCUGGGCAUACUAUGGCCGCGCUGCGGGUUUCUGCUACUAGGCUCAGUACUGCAGAUGGCACUCAUGUGCGGCGCGGUAAUGGCACAUGUUCAAGUUAGUGAUCCGCUUGCGCGCUCGGUGCCGGCGAUACUGCUGUUUCUCUUGUCCGCAGUCGUUUUCGCUGUCUCUUGCUUCUUUGCCAGAAAAAUCAAUGGUCAAAAAUUGUUGGCAGCGACAUCGGAGUCGAGAUUAGACCAGAAAAGGACGGAAGAUACUGAUCAACAAGAAGAGCAAGGUGAUGGCUGGUCUUUCCUGGUGUUCUAUUUGGGUCUCCUAUGGCAGCUGAUGUUCGACUGUGAUUGCGCGCCUGACGGCACCGAGCGCAAUUUUUUCGAAUGCUUUGGUCCUUCUGCCGCGACCUCCACCAGGCUAGCAUCUGACAAAAACGCGGGAGGAUUCACGCAAUUAUUCGAGCUAUUGACCUGUUCACUGCCGUCCGAACCUGGUCGCAUUUCCUUCACGCUGUGUGUGCUGGUAUCGAGCUUGUAUAUGGGUUACAAAGCUUAUCGAAGCGGAGUGUAUAAUUUUAAGCGUGUGGUCACAAAGGAACGACUGCAAACCUCGUCUGUCUUUGAGGCUCCGACACUACUUCCGCUGGCCGAACGCCUUUUGACAGAAGACUUUACAGGGAACGAACGCUCAACCUCCUCUGCUUUGACUGGGAACUUAUGGCUAAGCAGUUAGACAACAAUUCUAGAACACUACCGGAAAGAAAGCACUGACUUGCUCUUUCGCAUCAAUGUGUUUGCCAGAUUCCAGGAAAACGGUGAGUGCCACAGGCUCGUUCUUCAUCUAUCCAAGUAUUUACACCUGCCUAUGUGACUAUGCUACUCAAUAAGAAAUCGUGGUUUAGUACUAUUUUUGAAUUAAAACUAUUUUUUGUUUCUAAUGUAGGACUCCGGGAUCGCUGAGCUUCCGAUGGGCACUCCUUUAAUAUCACGCGGCACAUCAAGCAACUUUGUGGCCCUUUCUCCGGCAGCCCAAUACCAACCAAAUCGCAUUGUCAGAGGGGACUCACCAUCGCUUGCGCGGGAGCUCAGCCCAAUACCACCACGGCCGGAAAUGCGAACGCGCGUACCUGUAGAACCGGAGUGA